AUGGGGAGUUCCAAUGAAAGGAUCGAAAAAGAAAAGGAUGAACGUGGUGAGAGAGAAAAAAAAACAGUGAUGAGAAAGAUCGUCAUGCCCGAAGGAGGAAAUUAUUUUCCAAACGAUGAACUGCCAAAGUCUGCAAAACUUCCCUUGCUCGGGUGUGCAGGUGAACAAUCACUGAAAGACGAAGCAACGACACGACUGUACGACCAAGUUAAACGUACACACCUGAGUAUUUUUUUAAAAAAAGGCAGGAGGCAUAAAAUUAAUUCUACAAAAUGUGCAACUGUGAAGAUGCCCCCCCAGACGGAGAAUUUGUCCAUGUCAAAAUGUUGGGAGCUGCACAUGGAGGGGCAACAUGAAUCAGGAUGCUUAAGUAAGCACAUCGUGGAGAAGAACUACGUGAGGGGAGAAGAUAGGAUCGGAUCCUUUGAUGAGAAAAGCACACCGUUAGGGGAUAGAAACAGAAGGAGAGGAUCGGUGAAUGGAAGACAUACCCUUAGGGAAAGGAUUCUUCGUGACUCUCCUCCUUCGGAGAAGAAAAAACACAUCUUCUGUGAGAACCUUUUUUAUGGGCAACCCACCCAGGGGAGUAGUAAAAAUUGGAAAGGGGAUGAAAUGCCAUCCCCCUUGCACAAUGUCAGAAGCUUCAACGGAGGAACAACAAAUCAUGGUAGAACAGAGAGAAGUACUUCCACAAAAGGAAAGAAUUUCAUCCAUGCAAAAUUAACGAAUCCGAAAAAAAAUUCAUCGGUGAAGUUGAAGAACCAAUCGAGUGAUGAGCUAAUUGGAGUGUCAAACGGAGUAUCCAACAGGAAAAGGGGAGGUAUACAAAGAAACGACUUGGUGCAUGUAAAUUUUGAUCCAUGUGAAGUACAGACAAUUGGAAACUCUCCCUCCAAGGACAGUGAAAACACUCCACAUGGUGAAGUAAAACACAAAUUCAGCCUUAAUCAUUUUUAUAAUAACUACUUGAGGAAUAGAUCGAAAUGGUCUCUCCAGAUUGCGCGGAAAAACGCACUCAUGCGUGAAGGGAGUCGUGGUUCGGGCGAAGCUCCUAAUAGCAAAGUGGACACCCCCGUAAGGAGCUCACCCAGUCGAUUGGGCAGUAGCGCAACUGGGCUAUACACUACCCGCACCGCUGAUCGAACUGAUAGAACUGAUAGAACUGAUAGAACUGAUAGAACUGAUCGAAAUGACCGCUUGCCCAGCAAAGGAGUCAACAGAAAAAUACGUUUCAAGAAGAGCAAGCUGGUGAAGCUCUUCCGUGGGGGAAACAACGUGUACGUGGAAAAUCUUAAAAUAUAUCCCCGUGAGGAGAGGAAAAAGUAUGUGUUGUCCAACUGGAAGAGCGCCAAAAUUAUGGAGAGACCAAUCUUGAGUCUGCCCUAUGAACCCAUUCCCUUAAUCGAUUUGGAGAAUCACAAAUAUAAGGUAACGAAUGAUUUACACGUGCCUAUGUUACAGACAGAAAAGGAAGAUGUUCAUUUUUUAAAAUUCAAAAAUACAUGGUAUGAGCUUCUUUUCUACACGAGCAGUGGUGGGAGCAGAAGCAGGGAAUCUCUCUACAACCACAUGAUGAUGAGACUCAACUUCGAGCUGUUGGUUCAACCCAUAAAGGACAUUGUUGUGGUCGAUCAGAACACUGUGUGCUUUAGUUAUCCCUACAUUUAUAACGCCUACUUUAUUCCACCUCUGAAUGUUCAUGACACGGCAAACUCUCUCCGCAUUCAGAAGGCGACAAGCGACCAUGCGCUCAUAAAUAAUGGUUCGUGGGUUUUUUUCAAAAAGGAGGAGAAAGGGAGGGGUCGCAAAGAGAUGCGGCGAGGGAUGCCAAAUGGGGGAGGUAUAAAUGGGGGGGGAGGUGUAAAUGGGGUAAAAGACAGAGCGAUAAUUGGGCGAUCAUCCAACUACUUCAUAAACAUGCGGAGAAACAGAUACUUCGUCGAUAAAUGUUCUUUCAGGUGUGCCAAGAAAAGUUACUUGGCCUCUUUGAAAAGUGUUCCUUCUCAAGGUGAUGUUAUUUCUCCGCCAGUUCAUCCUACGAAAGAAGGAAUCAACCCUCUUAUAUGCGGAGAGCCCACGGGGGGAAUCCCUCUUUGCAGGGACAUUCCCACUGAGAAGGUGAAAAAGGCAAAAACGUUGCCCGUUUGGGGGAAGAGCUUAACAAGUGUGGUAGCGAUAAACGGAGAAAAAACGGAAAACAGACACGACACGCAUACAAAUGGGCGUCAAGUGUGGAAUUUGAUUAAGAAGGAUUCACAAAAAAGGGACACGCGUGUGAAAGAAGAGAAUACAACGGAGAAUUCCCAACUUAGAAAGAGGAAUACCAACCCUCCGAGCAACUCCCUGUUCGACUGCUCAUGUGUGUAUAUGACCUACGUGAAUAGCAACAUAGAACCCAUCUUUCCCUACACAUAUAAGAAUAUAUUUUUCCUAUUCCAAUAUUACCAUAAUUAUCUUAAUGGGGUAAUCAGCUAUUUCAGGCAAGAUAAGAUAGGGAGGGGGCUCCUUCCUUCCCAUCGGAGCGGGAAAACUGUUCCUCCUCCAGUUCCCCCGCUCAUUUCUUCGCUCACAUCGCCGCCUACCUCCCCCCCGCAUAUGUCAUGGCCUGCCUCUCCGAACGGACAGGGACACAAGGGGAGCACCUUCGCAGAUGUGAACAAUUUAAAAAUACGAAACCUUAUAAACGAAAAGCUGUACGAUUCCGUUUUCAGUUACGUGAAAAAAAGAAAUUUAGAAAAAGCAAAGGCGUAUAGAGAGGGGAGAAGGAGAAAAUCACCCCAAGUACCUAUAUUUUUAUGGGUUAUUUUUGGAGGGAAGGAUAUGAAGUCCAUCGAUUCAAUAAACACCAUUUAUAAGAUUCUGAGGUACGCCACAGAAAUACCUCCCUCUGAAUAUAUGAGAUACUUAUCAAAAUUGGAAAGGAGAAAAAUUAAAAAAAAUAUGCACACCAAGUGUAGCAAGAAGAAGCAAGGGGUCUGUCCAGACGGCCAAGAGCAACAGAAUGAAACCACAAAGAGGGGUAUUCCACAUGAACAGGAAUAUGAUUCAGCCAAUGAGUUCUUCCCGAAUUUAGCAACUCAGUGUAAUGUCACCGAACCAAGCACAGGGAGGCUCACCCAGAAGGCAAAAAAGGAAAAGAAAAAAUUGCCCGAUUUACCCUCUAAUAUUUUCUUCCACAAAAAUCUAUACAGAAACGCUACCGAAAUAUACGAUCGAAUAGUGGCGUACUACGAAGAGUACAAUCAGAAGUGCGACGCGUUUGGCCCAGACAACUAUGAUAAUUUUUUGGACUACUACAGGGAAAGGGUAGAUGCGUCCUCGGGGGAUAAGGAAGAGGAGGAUGCGCAGUGGGGGGGAGAUCAUCGUGGCGAUCAUCGUGGUGAUCAUCGUGGCGAUCAUCGUGGCGAUCAUCGUGGCGAUCAUCGUAGGGGAGGUCAACUUGGAAAGAACCCGCAGAACACGGAGGAGGACGAUACAUACGAUUUCUUCAUAGAACGAAGCGACAGCGAAGAGGACGAGCUCUUUGACUUCAUUUCCUAUCACAUGCAGGGAAGAAAUCCCUCGUUUGAAAAAAGCGGCGAACAUGUAAAAGAAGACAAGUUAAAUUACACUGAUAUUUACGGGCCACUAAUUUACAAAAAGAGAAAUAAAAAAAACCCAGUAAGGUAUUCAUUUUUGUUGUUGGAUUACCCAGCGUAUUAUAAUAGCACGGGUCAUCCUUCCCCCUUGACCUUCAAGACAAGUGCCCUGGCGGCGCUGAAGGAGGCCUUGAAGGAGCUGCGCAGGGAGACCCAGCCUGGAGGGGAAAGCCAGGAAGACGAAGGAGGCGAGGAAGGCGGCAUUAGCAGCGUUGAAGAUGCUAGCGGUAAUAAUACUAGCCUUGACGAUUAUAUGAGCAACAGUGGCAAUAGCAGCGCUGCGGUAUCUAUAAACAUCUUGGGGUACUCUCUUGGUUGCUGCGUGGGACUGCAACUACUUCUAGACAUUGCGAAGAGCCUCUACAACGACUUCUUCCAAGGGGAAAGCAAAACGCCUUUUCAUCGAAAGGAAAGAGAACCCAUUAGGGAACCCCAGAAUGAAGGAAAUGAUUUGUCCAUCAAGCUAAACAGUAGGAGUAAGAAGAAAGUUAAUGAAUACGUCUAUGACGCACGGAAAAUAUUAACCUUUCGAGAUGUCUUUGUGAGUAGACCUUCUUUCUCAUCAAGUGAUUCGCAACAAGGAGGGAAUCCAGAGACAAGUGCCCAAGGGGCAGAAGACAAAGACGAUGCGAAAAACGGGAAGGUUAGGAAAGAUACCCCCUAUCAAACACAUUCCUACGCAGAAUUAUGGCAAGGGAGAAGUAGUAACUACUGUUGCAGCGUUACCAACUAUCGACAACGGAAUGAACUGAAAGUCGGGAUUCACAAAGGUGCAGUGUGCAAAAAUGGAUCGUGCAAGAGCGUCCCCAAAAAAGUCGGCAUAAGUGAAAGCCUGCAAAGUGUAAAGCAGCGAAAGAAAGAAGUGGAAAAAAUAUUAUGUAACGAAUUAAACAUAACUGUAGACAAAGUCAUCCUAGUUGCACCAUUUACGAACACGCAAAAAUUGGUGAAAAGCAUUUUAAGAAAUAGUGUACUAUUCUUACUUAGUUGGUUUGUCAUGAAUAAAAAAUGCCCCUAUGUCCACUGGGACAACAUCUCUGUGCUGAGAGAAUUUUUUAAAAUACUAUACGACUUAAAAGGAACAGAACAUUUGAGCACCAUUUUUGCAAAUUUGCAAAUUCAUUUUAUCCAUGGGGAGAAAGACACACUGGUCAAUUACGAAAUGAGUUUGAAGCUAUAUAAACUUACAAACACGCUUACGUCAAGAUAUGCCUUACAUCAUGUUAAAUCUUUUCUGUAUAUUUUCAAGGAAGAUUGUCAUUCCUCCAUCUUUAACACUGACGGAGAAAAUAAAAUUCUGCAAAUUAUUUUUAAGCCCCUCCGAUUGCAUCCCUUCAGCACAACUAACAUACACAAAUUGCAUUUCAGCCUGUACAGGGACAUUUAUUUGUUAAAGACGGCCUACUUGCAGUACAUCUCUGCAGUGACGUCUAAGUUGCUUCGUGCGUGA